CUCGUGCUGGCCAAGGAGAAGGGCGCGAGGUUUCAGGGGCAAAGCGUCUCGAUGUUCGUGCGUUCGGCGGUGCCCGAGGGGAAGGGCGUGUCGUCGUCCGCCGCGUGCGAGGUGGCGUCCAUGCGCGCGCUCGCCGUCCUUGCGAACGUUCCCUUCGACGGCGACGAGGGCGGCGCGGAGCUCGCGGCGCUCUGCCAGCUGUGCGAGAACGCCGUCGCGGGCGCGCCAUGCGGGAUCAUGGACCAGAUGACGGCUUCGCUGGGCCGAGAAUCGCGCCUGCUCGCGCUCCUCUGUUCGAACAACGCGGUGCUCGGGCACGUCCGGAUACCUCGCGGGUGCAAGUUGUGGGGCAUCGACAGCGGCGUGAGGCACAGCAACGACGGGGAGAGCGAUUACGGCAGGGUUAGGUGCGCGGCGUUUAUGUUCAGGGAACACUUGAAGCAGACGUGGCCGGAGAAGGGAAUCGAUCACCUCGCCACCUCGGUGGACCCCCGGUGGUUGGAGGUGAUGUCGCUCAACGGGGCGCUGCCUAAGCGUCUCAGCGGGGAGAACUUCCUCGUGAUGUACCCUGAGGGGCACGGCGACGACGUCACGUCCAUCGACGAACGCGUCACCUACGACGUGGCCGUCUGCGGGUCGCACCCGGUGAUGGAACACAGACGAGUUACAUUAAUUCGCGACUGGCUCGCCGAGGUGGCCGACGACGACGCCAUCUCCGAACUCGUGGCGACGCAGGUGGGUAACUACAUGUAUCAGUCGCACGAAUCGUACGGGGCGUGCGGUUUGGGUUCCGACGCCACGGACAAGUUGGUGCGUCUGUUGGAAGAGCGCGGGAGAGAUCGCGGUGUCUUCGGCGCGAAGAUCACGGGCGGCGGCAGCGGCGGCGUCGUGUGCGCGCUGACCGCCGAUACCGACGACGCCGAACGCGCGGUGGCGGAGGUGUGCGAUGAGUACGGCGGGAAGCCCGCGGUGUUCGUCGGGUCCAGCCCGGGGGCCGUGUCGUUCGGUCACCUGUCCGUGGUGAUCAAGCCGAGCGAUUGACGACGACGACUUUAAAACAAAAAACAUGCACUU